AUGGACUACAAGGACGGCUCCAGUUUCAUUUUUGCUCUGCCCGCUGGUAUCACAGCUCAGUCUUGUCUGGACAAGAGAAAACUGUGGAGUAUUUGUCACUGCGUAACACACUGUCAAGACAGUGGAUCAACAGCUGUGCAAAGAGAAGAUGAGCCUCUGGCUGCUACUCAUGCCCACAAGAGUCAAUCAAAGAAGAGAUUCACGGAAGGAGAGAAAAGGGGGGAAAGGCAGGACGAGAGUGAGAGCGCAGGAGUGGGGCAGGCUGGGGAGAGGGCUCGACUUCCCUGUUAUCGCGUCCAUGUAGCAGGGGGAGACAUGGUCUCAGAAGAGGACAAGACUCACAUCCUCAUUAUGGAGGACUUCCUCCUCUCCAACUAUAAACUUUUAAUCAACCCUCCCAUCCGUCUCUCCCUCUCUCUUUCUCCCCGUCCCUCUCCUCCUCUACUGCGGGUGUCUGGGUGGCUGUUUUUCCUCUGUCUCUUGCUCAUGAAGGGCCGCACUAAGCUCCCUUCUCUCUGCCCGUGUGUGGUAGGUGGCUCAAAAGAACUACUUUAUCGGUUAAGAAAAGGAAUCACUGCAAAUGCCAGUAAGGAUGUCAGCUCCAGGCCAGUAGAGCCGAGGCAGUCUCUGGAGCCUCGGGAGAUUCCCAGGAGCGCUGAGCCCUGCGCCGCAGUCGGUCCUGAGAUGAAUGCACAAUAUUCAAAUCUGGCCUACCUGGUUCUCUCACUCCACCCUGUGGGCUCUACGUGGCAGCACAAUCGCGAGCAGGAACAGAAACUAAACACACGGGGCGCAGUAAUCACGCCGUUGAUUGAGGAGGAGAGCACGCCAAGCUGCCAAAUGCAGCAACCCUUCCCUUCAUCGGUCCGAUUACACUUGCGCUUUGAGUCCAAGCUUUACGGCCAGGGAAGCGGACAGACACAGGAGCUCGUGGAGAGACUCGCACAUGUCAUGUGUGAUGCUGCCCGGCGUUAA